AGAAAAAAAAAAAAAAAAAAAGUUAGAACAAAGUAAGUAAGUAAGUAAUUUAUUUCCAAUUUCGGGCCCAGAGGGCAUACAAAUGAUACAAAGUACAUAUACAUUGAUCACAAUAGAGUGAUUAUCCAAAAGAUAGAUGAAAAAUAAAAUUUACAAGUUGAUGAUAAAUCUACUGUGACAUUCGUUGCUCAUAAGCCAGAUAAAAUAUUUGUCUAUUACACAGGUUUAUAGAAUUCUUGCACAAAAUGUUCAUGGACUCUAUGAAUGGUUUCCUUAGGUGUUGGUAUGCUAUACAGUCAAAUACAAAAAUGGAAUUCAUCUUCUUCAGUCAGUGUUAUUAAAAAUCAUCGGGAUCGUAAUACAUAAAAUACUAUUUUGGCGCGUUGAUCAAAACAAAAACUGAACUGAACAAGGUAUAGGAGGAGAAAAGUGGGAAACAGACAAAACAGAAUGCCGUCGUGUUCACCCCUGCGAUAUGCUCACAGCGAGGGUUUGACGAGUUUAUGUUAUGAUGAUACUGGGAAAUAUAUUCUGACCUGUGGAUCAGAUGGAGAUGUGAGAAUCUGGGAAGGAGCAGAAGACGAUGACGCCAUCUCCCAUCGCACUGGAGACCGGGCCUUCUGCGUUACAUUCAAGAAUAGUAAAUUUUAUGUUGCCACCGACACGAACACAGUGCAGGCAUUUACUUUUCCCGAGGGUUCUACUGAUGGCAUUGUGGCAAGAUUUACUGCCCCUGUAAACCACAUGUGUCUAAACCAAGCGGGAACAACUCUGAUAGCUGGAUCUAGUGACUUCACAAUCAAAAUUGUCAACAUUGCUACAGGGGACACUAAAAAGUGUGUAGGACAUGAAGCCCCUGUUUUGAGUUUAGCUUUGGACCCUAAAGAAGAAUAUCUGGCCUCAUCCAGUUGUGAUGGUUGUGUGAACGUGUGGAGUGUGGAAAAUCAAGAAAAGGUCAAGAAGUUGCAAAUCCUUCCAAAGUUCAGUGAUGUUAGUUUGACCAAAGGAUUGUGCAGACUGUGUUGGCAAAAAGAUGGAAAGUUCCUGUAUGUUCCCAUGGAGACCGAAAUCCAGAUCUAUGAACGAGCCUCCUGGACGAAAUGUGGGUCUCUAGAGGACAGUCGGUUUUCUGGGGUUUACUCAGUGUUGGAUGUUUCUGCUGAUGGGGAUUACCUGGCUGCGGGAUGCUAUGAUGGACACAUUUUGGUGUAUAAUCUUAAAACUAACGCCUGUGUAGAUAGGUUUAAACACGAGAGUGGUCUGUCUAUUGUGUCUUUGUCAUGGACUCCAAACAACCCAACAGAAAUUGCAUUCUGUGAUGGAGAAGGUCAGUUGGGACUUCUAAGUGAAAUUGAACUUAAAGGUGGAAACCAGCCUGUAGGUGAAAUGCGAGUGAAAGAGACAAUAGGGAUCUUUGAAGAUGAUGAUGAUGCUGAUUUAGUCCAGGCCACAGAUGAUCAGGGCAAAGCAGAGGACGUCAAUGAAGACAGCAAUGACUUGGCACCAAUCAGUGCCCUUAAACCUCUUGAAGAUGACUUGGAAUCGGAGAAUGGUGAAGUUCAGCCAGUGCUCCCAGCUCCCACGGUGAUAGAGAGGCCAGGGUUUACACCUACACGCCCACAGCCUGCGUUCCAGUCGGGAUCCACCCCUGUCCAUCUGUCCAGCAGAUUUAUGAUGUGGAAUGCUGUGGGCAUCAUUAAACAAUUUAACACAGAGGAAGAGGAAUCUAUAGACAUAGAGUUUCAUAACUCGGCUGUCCACCACGCCAUGCACCUGACAAACUCAGCCGGGUACACAAUGGCUGACAUUUCCACGGAGGCUGUGGUUCUAGCCUCCCCAGGGGACGAAACAGGACCAAGUAAAUUGACGUGUAUGCAUUUUGGAUCCUGGGAUAAUUCGAAGGAGUGGACCAUUCCAAUGGACGAUGGGGAAGAAAUAGAGGCUGUGACAGUUGGUGAGGACUGGAUCGCAGUUACUACGUCAGAUAGAGUUGUCCGGAUCUUUUCUUUAGGAGGCCUACAGAAGGAUAUCUUUUCUAUCCCUGGCCCCAUUGUGUGUCUUUCUGCUCACACAAAUCAACUACUAAUAGUUUACCACAGAGGAAUGGGAUUGCCAGGAGACCAAUGUCUGGGGGUUCAUUUGAUGACUGUAGAGGGCGCUACUCAGAUUAAUCACCAGCCCCUCCCACUGUCCAGCCACAGUACUCUGACAUGGAUAGGGUUCUCAGCUGAAGGUACUCCAUUCUACAUGGAUUCAAGAGGAAUUGUCAGAAUGUGUAACAGGAAGUUUGGAAUGAGUUGGGUGCAGGUUGCUGACACCAAAUCGCAUACAAAAGGAAAGUCUGACAAUUACUGGAUUGUAAGCAUACAUGAAAACCCACAACAGCUGAGGUGUAUUCCCUGUAAGGGGUCACGAUUUCCCCCAGUCCUCCCACGACCAGCAGUAGCAAUCUUACCCUUUCAAAUCUCCAUCUGUCAGAGCAGCACAGAGAAGAGUCAGUAUGAGGAAAUAUUCCACAGAACACAGUUGCUUAGCAACCAUCUACAGUUUUGGAAUUCCAUUGGAUACGAAUAUGACCCAGCAAUAGUUGCUGAACUUGCUAAGCCGUCCCAAGAGGCUUUAAUGAAGCUCUUUGCUUUGUCAGCAAGAUCAGACCGCGAGUUCCGGGCGCUGGAAGUGUGCGAGAUGAUGGCAGAACCACACACUUUGCAACUGGCCAUCAAGUAUGCAUGCCGUCUGAAGUACAUGCAGCUAGCGGAGCGAAUCAGUGAGGUGGUGCAGAGGAAGUCAGCUGAACAAGAGGAAGAGGAACAGGAAGAGAUUCAGACAAGUCAAAGAACUUUACUUAAUCAUCAAAAUCAUACUCAGGAAGAUGAAGAAAUGGAAGAAGAUGAAGUGGAAGUUGACCAAGAGAAUACCGACACACAAAGUGCUAGUGGUCCUUUGUUAAAUUUGAAACCUAAAGGCAGAUCAGAAGUUUUAUCUCAGUCGUACAGCUCAUCGGGAAGAUCUAAUCCAUUCAAGGUUCUCACUCCACAGAAACCAGAGCCGACUAAAGGCACACAAGUAUUUGAUUCAAUGUCCAAGAAAAAGCAGACAAGUUCUGGCCAAGUCACACUGAAGAACACAAAGCCUGUUAAGGCCGUCAAAAGGACUCCUCAGAAUCAGGGGAAGAUAACUGCUGUGAAGUCAUCAAAAGAAGAGAGCAUUAAUGAGGAGUCCCAGAAAAAGUCUAAAAGUGCCUUUGAUUUGUGGUUUGAGGAGACAAAAUCUGAGCUAAUGGAGGAAUUUCCAGAGGUAGAUGAUCAGAGCUUAGUGCAAACUGCAGCAGAGAGGUUUCGUAAAAUUCCCAAAGAAGAAAGACAGGUUUGGGUUCAGAAAUCAAAGGAAGGUGAUAACAAGAAAAGAAAACGAGAAGAGGAUGAAGGACCUACCAGAAAAAUCAACCCAAAGUUGGCAGCCUUCGCUUUCUCUAGAGAUUGAUAACAACUUUUUAAAUAAAAUUUUUAAGUUUAAUAUAUAUUAAUAUGAUAUAAAAAUGUGUCAUUAUUUUUAUACAGAAAUGUAUGCUAAACAUGCAUUAUGGCAAGUGGAGGAGAGAAAAACUGGUUUAUAAUAAUCUUCAUGGCAGUGUUUUGAAAAAUAUGCAUGGUUAAAAAUAUUGAUAGGAAUCUUGCAUGAGCCAUGAAAGCUCUACUGAGAAGUAACCAUAUUUGGCAGUGCUGUUGUUCUCUAACUUGUGUUGAACUAUUGUAAUCUCCUAAAUGGAUUAGAAGUAGUGUUAGUAAAGUGUUAGUAAACAUUGUGUAACGGCUCCUGCAGUGUUAAGAGAUGAGAUUAUGAAUAAGCCCUUUAGGCUUUUUACAUUUUUUCAUCUCGGAGAGUUAGUGCUGGUGCAUUCACAAUUCACAAUACAUGGUAAAAAAAACAUAAUCACAAUGUCAUGAAUUUCUAUCACAAUUAAAGGCAACAUUUUCAAACGCAA